ACCACUAAUCUAAUCCAAGGCUGUAUAUUACGCUAUGGAGUAAAAUCAUGCUUAGCAAGCAGAACCUGAAGCGUUAGACUUGAAAAUCGCUCUGUUUAUGGUUGCAUUUGUAUCAAUAGCAAACAACACAAAUCAGCUGCAACUGCAAUCACCACUCACUUGCGAGGUACUUAUCUGAAUGUCUAAUUCAACUGAUGAGAUGUUAAUGCCGCCGAAGGCGAAGAGAGGAAGACAAAGUUUGAAUGAAAAUGAAAAUGAAGAUAACAAAGAUAGACUCAGUGACUUGCCUGAUUGCAUUCUCCUUCACAUUCUAUCAUUUGUGAAAGCCAAAGCCGCGGUUCAAACUUGCAUAUUGUCCACAAGAUGGAAGGAUCUCUGGAAACGUCUUCCUUCCCUCAUACUACUGUCCUCAAACUUUUGGACAUAUAAGAGCUUCACCAAAUUCGUGUCUCGGCUUUUGACUCUUCGCGAUGGCUCGACCGCGCUGCACGGUCUAGAUUUUGAGCAUGAUGGUCACAUUCAGCCUCACCUCCUCAAAAGGAUUGUAAAAUAUGCUGUUUCACACAAUGUCCAACGAUUAGGAUUGUCCGUCACGUGUGCUAUUGAACACUUUCCGCCCAGCGUCUUUUCGUGUGAGACUUUGACAUCUCUUAAGCUCGCAGUUCAACCUAAAGGUUCUCUUUCGGAGCGAACGCUACUUCCGAAAUCUCUUAAUUUGCCAGCAUUAACUACGUUGCAUCUAGAGCAUUUUGCCUUUUGUGCAAAUGACAAUGACCGUCGUGCAGAGCCCUUUUCGUCCUUUAAAAGGUUGAAUAGUUUGAUCGUUGGCAGUUGUAGCCUCAGUGAUGCUGAUAUCCUCUGCAUUUCAAAUACAUCUCUUUGCCAUUUAACUGUUUUUAAUCAGUUUCUGGACUUGUACGAGUACAAUAUUGAGCUAUCUUCUCCAGGCCUUCAUUCCUUUGCCUUUACUGGUACUCCUUAUCAGCUACUCAGUGAGAGCAGCAAUCUUUCUUCCAUUGAAGAAGUGAAUAUUGAUGUAGCAAUUUGGUAUGCUAAUUUGGAAAAGCUGUCUCCUUUGGUUCUACUCAUCUGGCUGGCAUACCUUGCCAAUAUAAAAUCUUUAACAGUCUCGACAAGUACUCUUCAGGUUCUCUGUCUACAUCCUAAGUUACUGAAACUUAAGUUCCCUUUGUUGGGUAGCUUGAAGUCGUUGAAAGUAAUACAGAAACCACUUUCACGUGGAUUUAUUGAGGUACUGAGAGAAGUCAAGUUACAGAAAGCAACUACCAAAUCACCGAAAGCUGCUGCUGCCAUGUUACCGAAAGCUAGUAAGGAAGAUUCAUUUUCAUCUAUACCUGAUGGAAUAGUGGACUUUUUGCUUCAAAACUCGCCAUCUGCAAAGAUUUCGACAAGUUGGUGUCCCUAUGAGCUGUGUCUCGUUUCUGGUGGCUUUAAUUCCAUGGGGAAAAGCAGAGAUUCAUGCUUGGUUAGGUUAUCAUGAAGAGAUUCAUGCUUCCCUUGCUUGAUUUUCCUCAAUGAGGGGGAAGUUUUGGGCAACCCCGUGUUGGGAUGAAGUAUUGGAAGAACUGCGCAGUAAUUUUUCCUAUCCUCUAAUGGAAAAGGGAGGGAAGGAUUGGAACCACUGCAACACUCAUUUCCUUUAAGUUAAAGGAAGUGUUUCUACAAACCAAGGCAUAUGUGGUUCUAUUUCUUUUGACUUUUUGAAUGCUUUAGGAACAUCCAUUGUGUUUUCCUCAGAACGGAUUUUGAAUUAUAGCCAAGUUGUGGUCAGCUGUUUGGCUAGAAACUCGUUCAUGGCGAGUUGUGGUCCUGACAUAUCUAUGCUUAACUUCUUGCCUCUUAUGAUUUCUUGUUCGUUCAUGGAUAACGAAUUUCUCAGCUUGACGACCUGCAAAUUGAGAAUCUUCUUCCUUGUAUGUAUGCGUGAAGCAUGCACUGACGUUUGUUGCUCCUCAAUGCGACGCUCCAGUCGUUUUGUGAAAUUAUCAAGAAUUGGAGUGUUGUUUCCAAUUUCUUCCUUUUGGCGAGAAGGAGCUCUCACAGGUUCCGGUUGCGACAUUUCAAGAACUUUUAGUUUUCUUGAACUGGGCUACCAUGGGGAAGCUAUUUUUGACUUGUAUCCAUCAUGGCAAUAGGAAUUUAUUUACAGAAUCUAAGAUAGCUCUCUGAUUGUGUGUGUAAAUCAUUCUAAUUUAUCAAAUUUGAUAAUUUGAAAUUGAGGAGAACUCCGUUUA